AUGGUGCAGUCGCAGACCCUCAAUUGGCUCUCCGCCGCUCUGCUUGCCCUAUUCCCGCUGGCCAAUGGCCAACAUGUCGGGUAUAUGGACCCUCUUCAGUACGUUGACCAACUUAUCGGUGCGAGCAACGGCGGCAACGUAUUCCCCGGCGCAACUGUGCCUUAUGGCAUGGCCAAAGCAGUUGCAGACACCAGCAGUGGUAGCAACCAAGGUGGGUUUACUCUCGACGGUGCUCCAGUAUCUGGGUUUAGUCUUCUUCACGAUUCUGGAACCGGUGGUGCGCCGUCGUUGGGCAACUUUCCGCUCUUCCCAUAUAACAAAUGCCAGGCCGGUGAUGUGAACAACUGCGCCUUUCCCAAGAAGGCUCGCGUCAAGUUUGGCAAGUUUGCCAACGACAGCGUUCAAGCGAGACCAGGAUACUUUGGCAUCACUCUUCAAAGCGGGCCACAGGUUGAAAUGACCACAACAAAACAUGCAGCAUUGUUCCGAUUCACGUUCAAGGGCGCCGUUGCGGGCGACAAACCGCUUAUACUUCAGGAUCUCAGCGAUCUUUCCGACUCGCGACAGGAUAACGGUACCGUGACGGUCGAUCCCGCGACUGGUCGCAUUACGGGCAAUGCCCUAUUUGUCGCCAGCUUCGGCCAAGGCAAAUACCGGCCGUUUUUCUGCACCGACUUUGACGGCGCCGACAUUGAAGACAGCGGCAUCUACGUCGACAGCCGAGCCAGUACUGACGUCCACGCUCUCAAGAUUUCUCGCUCCAUCAACGGCUACCCCCUGCCCGGCGGUGCCUUUGUUCGCUUCGUCGACGGCAACAAUCCCGUCUACGCCCGUGUUGGCCUUAGUUUCAUUAGCAGCGAACAAGCCUGCGCUAAUGCCGAGCGCGAAAUGCCCGACUUUGACUUCAACAAGCAUGCCCAGGACGCAAGGGACGCUUGGCGGCAAAAGCUGUCUCCCAUUACCGUGGAUCCCAACGGAGUAGACGAGAGUUUCGUAAAGAACUUUUACUCGGGCAUCUACCGAACAAUGGUGAAUCCGCAAAACUAUACGGGGGAAAAUCCGCUCUGGCAGGACGGCGAGCCCUACUUCGACUCGUUUUAUUGUAUAUGGGAUCUCUUUCGCUCGCAGUUCCCGUUCUUGACCAUUAUCGAUCCCGAGGCUGUUGCCGAAAUGAUCCGCUCGCUCAUUUCCACUUAUGAACACGACGGCUGGCUGCCAGACUGCCGCAUGAGCUUCAGCAGAGGCUACACGCAAGGCGGUUCCAAUGCUGACAAUGUCCUGGCUGAUGCUUUCAUCAAAGGCAUAACAGCCGGCAUUGAUUGGGACAAGGGCUACGAAGCGGUCAAAAGGGAUGCUGAAGAGGAGCCUUACGAUUGGUGCUGCCGAGGCCGCGGAGGCAUCGCCUCAUGGAAGCGGCUGGGAUACGUGCCAGUUCAAGACUUUGACUACCACGGGUUCGGGACCCUGACACGGUCCAUUAGUCGUACCAUGGAGUAUGCCUACAACGACUUCUGCAUAUCGCAAAUGGCAAAGAGUCUCGGCAACAAGGAUGAGUCGGAAAAGUACAUCGCCAGCAGUGGUAAUUGGCGGAACCUGUACAAAUCAGACCAGCCCUCCUCACUGCCAAACGGCACAAACACUGGCUUUGCAGGAUUCUUCCAGCCAAGGUAUAUGAACAAGACGUGGGGAUACCAGGACCCCCUCAAGUGCAGCAACGCAGACUCGCAGAGUGUUUGCUCUCUUCAGAACAGCGGUCCCGAGACGUUUGAGAGCAGCAUUUGGGAAUAUGGCUUUUUUGUCCCCCACGACCAAGCGCAGCUCAUCAACCUCUAUGGGGGACCAGAACGCUUCGUCAACCGUCUAAACUACCUGCACGACCAACAAAUCACAAACAUUGGCAACGAGCCGGCAUUCUUGACCGUCUUUCAAUAUCACUACGCCGGGCGCCCCGCCGAAUCCGCCCGUCGCAGUCAUUUCUACAUACCAAGAUACUUCUCAACAAAACCCGACGGUCUACCCGGAAAUGACGACAGCGGUGCCAUGGGCUCCUUUCUCGCAUUCUCGAUGAUGGGGCUGUUCCCGAACCCAGGGCAGAAUGUCUACCUAAUUAUACCCCCGUAUUUUGAGAGCGUCAAGAUCAAGCACCCUCUUACCAAGAAGACGGCUACAAUUAGAAACAUCAACUUUGACCCGACAUACCAGAACAUUUAUAUCCAGAAUGCCACUCUUGAUGGCAGGGUCUAUACAAAGAACUGGAUUGACCAUUCAUUCUUUACUGAAGGCAAAGAGCUUGUUCUCACUCUAGGCGCCGCGGAAAGUUCAUGGGGAACUGCUGCCAAGGACUUACCUCCUAGCCUUAGCUCAUACGACGUAUUCGACAAGCCAAAUUGCGGCAAUUCUGGACGGGGACUAGCAGAAGAUGGAAGCUACUGCGGGCAAUUCCGAAGCGGUCCUUUGGGUUUUUGA